AUGACUUGCGCGGUCGCUGGACUGGCUCGAGUACAGUGUGGCGAUUUAGCAUUCAGCCAACACGAAGACACGGUUACAGUGCUCAAUAGGCUUCUCCCAUCGCCCGACGUGGCGGUGGUGAGUAUAGACACGGAACCAGAAAUCGAGGGAAAGACGCGAUGCCAACAUCAUCUUCAAACACGCUGCGGGCAUUGCUCACCGAACGCAAACCCCCUAUUCCCAGAGUUCGCCAAGUGUCAACAUCAUAAUCCGUCAACUGUGGCAGUCCGUCAGGAGCAGUAUCCCAUACUAGACGGCUUCCUAGCCCUUAGCUACGAUACGACUAGGCCCAAGACACCCAACGUACCCCUAGACAGAUUUGGGCGAAUAUACAAGCCUCUAAGGUCUACCAAAGAAGCCAGUCCAUGGAGUCUCUACACAGAUAUACCCCGGGACCUCGAAUGUGCCACCGACAUAGAAACACUGAUAACCACAAAGGACACAGUUCUGGGGCGAGGAGGCUUUGGGGUGACCGUUCGGCUCGACAAGGACCUCGUUGCAAAAACCAACCUGUUUCCAGACAUGGUGAACUGGAGCAGGCCUGAGAUAGACUCGGACUUUAAUCGCUAUGCACACAUUGCCUCACAAGUGGAAGAGGUCAUGAUGGGUGUUUCGAUGAAACACGGCAACAUCUUGCGCACAUUAGGCGGCAUUGCGCGCCUGUACCCUAAUCGGGUUAACUGGAGCUCCUGA